CGGGGCGGCUGCAAGGUCCCAGCGAGGAGGUGGCGGGGGUCUUCGAGGACCGUGGCUCCCCGCGGCCGCCGAGCCCGGGCCUAACGCUCCCUUAGGGGCUCCGCGAGGCCCACCGAGCAUCUUCUGUGCGCGGGUCCGCGCCAGACUCAGUAGGAGCCGCAGAUUGAAGAUGGAAAAGCCACGAGAUAAUUUCUCCGGUAACGAUGACUGUGUCAGCGAUAUAGUUAUAGAAGAAUACUUGGUUGAAUCCAAGGAAUCUGCAUCUCAUGUCCAACUUGCUUGCAGUAAGCAUUACUGUGCUUUCCCUUUAAAUGGAAAUGAACUUUGCAUAUGGAAUUCCAAGAAUCCUUCUUCUCAGCUUUUAAGAGGUCACCAUCAGUCAAUUACUGCUGUGACUUUUGGAAAUAAAAUGAAUCCACUUCUUAUCUGUUCUGCAUCACAAGACUAUGUUAUAAUGUGGAACCUGGAUGAAUGUAAAGAGAAUGUAGUUCAAGGGUUAAUUCCUCGAGGGAUUGUCAUAGGCACUCUUUUGGGAAAGGUGCUUUGUUUAAGAUUUAGUCCAGAUGAUCAAAUUGUGGCAGUGUGUGCUGGAAAUAAAAUAUCCAUGCUGGAUAUUGAGAAUCAGUCUAUACUAGUUGAGCUGGAGGGCCAUCUGGGUCGAGUGACUGCAGUUGAAUUUUGUACUUGGCAAGCAAAUAUUGUAAUCUCAGUAUCUGAAGACAGAAGCUUUAAGGUCUGGGAUCAUUGUAAGGGGUCAUUAAUAUACAGUUCAUCAGUGUUAACAGCCUAUCCUCUCCUACGUUUAUUCAUUAAUGAAGAACUUAAGCAGCUUGUUACUGGAUGUGCUGAUGGCCAGCUUUGGAUCUUCAGUUUGAUUGAAGGACAUCAUUAUCGUUGUGUGACGCGUAUUGACCUAAGGAAAAAAAGAGAUAGUUUCUGCACUAAAAAGGUUAAAUCUGGACUGUGCAGCCAGUUAGAAGAGAGUCAGCUUUCCUCUACAAAUGAAGUGGACAAAGAAGGAAAGACUGAAGUAACAUUUCCAGUGUUGACACUUGAACACUGUGAUCUGUCAUUAAAUCUAUGUUCUGAAUGUGAAUUUUUUUCUUCUGAGAGUACCACAUGUUUAUGGAUUGGAAGCUCAACUGGUUUAUUCAUCUUUAACUUGGCAAACUUUGAAUUGGAAGCCUUUUUACAUUACAAAGAUUUCAGAAGCCUCAGCAUUAAAAUUGCUGGAUCAUGUGCAAUAAUGAACAAAACUAUUGAUCAUAAGGUUUUUUGUUUGCUUACUUCCCUGUUUGGAAAUAAGAUUGCCAUAUUGAAAAUUGACGUUGCUGCCCUCGUGAGUUCUCAGCAGUGCUCUGAUGUGGGAAAGAAUCUUUCAGUGUUAGCUAGUUCCUGUGUCUUACCAACCUCUCCACUGUAUUUUGGAAUUGUUGAGAAAAGAAGUACUAAGCCUGCUAGUAAGAAACAGUCUGCUGUAUGGAAUAUCAUCAAGGACCAACCACUGGUUUUCCACAAUAAAGUUAGGUCAUCUGGCUAUGCAUGUGCCCCACAUGUAACUAUGUUUUCACUGAAGACUAGUAUGAAGAACGAUAGUAAAAGAUCUUCAAAAUGCAAGAACAAUUACAAAUGUAAAGAAUAUCCUUUGGAGAAUUCUCUGCCAGUCAAACUCAGCAAGCAGAUUGCUGUAGCCCACAAACCAACUGCUGUGUGCUGUCUUCAGUAUUCAGGAGAUGGACAGCGGUUGGCUUGUGGUCUAGCCAACCAUUUAUUACUAGUCUUUGAUGCCAACCUUAAGGGAACACCAGCUGUUUUUUCAGGUCACGAUGGUGCAGUGAGCUCGGUUGGCUGGAGUCAUGACAGGAAGUGGUUGGCUUCUGCUUCCCAAGACGGAACAUUACGGAUAUGGUCAGUUCGAAGUACAGAACUCACAUUAUUUCUGGGCAAAGGCAUGUUUUCUAAGCCUAUACAAUUUGUACAGUUUUAUUAUAUAGAUUCUUUUAUCUUAUUAUCUUCUGGCCCUGAAUUUCAGCUACUAAAGUAUCAUAUUGACACUUGCAAAGAUGAGAUAAAAAGAUAUAAACAGAAGAGCAAGUUCAAACCUGUUUGCAGGUUUUCUAUGACUAAUGCAGUAGAGAUUACCAGUUUAUCGGCAGUAAAUGACUUUUAUUCCUAUAUUGUAUUUACAGCUGGUCGAAAUAGAACUUUGGAAAUAUUUGACCUCAACGCAGGCUGCAGUGCUGCACUGAUACCAGAUGCCCAUUCGCGACCUGUCCAUCAGAUUUGUCAGAAUAAAGGAUCACCUUAUAUGGCCCAACAAUCCGAGGCUUAUAAUCUUUUCAUAACCACAGCCAUUGGUGAUGGGAUAAAACUAUGGGAUUUGAGAACUCUGAGGUGUGAGCGCCGUUUUGAAGGGCACCCAAACCGCUGCUAUCCGUGUGGAGUUUCUUUCGGCCCCUGUGGCCAGUACAUAGCCCGUGGUGCAGAGGACAGAUCGGCUUAUGUGUAUGAAAUGGGUUCAAGUACUUACUCCCACAAAUUGGCAGGGCACACGGAUACGGUCACGGGUGUGGCCUUCAACCCAUCAGCUCCCCAGCUCGCCACAGUCACCUUGGAUGGUAAACUUCAGUUGUUUCUAGCUGGAUAGCCGCUGACCGGUGAAGCUUGGCCCAGGAACUUUGAAAGGAACCACCUGGUAAAAGAAAGAAAUAGUUCUUCAAGCACUGGGCCAGAAUCAGUGGAUUGUUUUUCAUAGUAUGGACUGCUUUUCAGAUUUCCUCUCUGCAAAUGGCACCACUGUAUUUAUGCCAAACUCAGGUUUGUAAGCAUUCUUGAUCUUCAAAAGGGAGAACUCCCUUACUGGAAAAAUUGAAAUGACAUGCAACACUUGUGCACAGGAUUUGGUCAAGUUAAAACAGAAUGUUCUUCAAUUAAAAAAAAUUUGAUAUUGUAUCCUAAUCUAAUCUUUUCUAAAAAAUUAAAAAGGGAAUUCACUUUUGGAGCUGAGGAAAUAAAACAGUAAAUUUUACUAAACCAUUUCUGAGUCUUCUGACUAAGGUGCCCAAGGCUGAUCGCUUAGUAAAUGUGCCCUCUGCCCUGGGAGGGUUAGUCAUUGGGCGCAGUUUGGCUUCUGGUCCUUUCCUCCCAUAGAGGUAAGAGUUUGAGGUGUUCCACUGGAUGAGUUUUUAAUAGACAAAAAGCUGUCUUGGGAAAUUGACUCUGCAUGUAGCUGGCUCCAAAUGUCCCUGGAACCAAGUCUUUCUAGGAUCUUUAGGAAAGUCAAGAUGCUUCUAGAACAAUUCCAGAGCCCAGAUGAUUUCAGCAAUAUAUAGUGUCACCCCUCAUAUUACCCACCAGCCUGAAAACUCCUUGGUGAGAUUCAGUGUUCUCAGGGAAACUAUGAUGGUGGGAGACAAUCCGUUUUAUCUGGAGCCUCAAUUGUCCAUCAUUUGUAAGAAAAGCAGCACACUAUUUUUCCACCUCCGAAGAAAUGUCACAAGGUUGACUUCUUGGAUUCCUCAU